AGAGAUCAUGUACACCAUCUCCCUCACCAACCCCCUGGCCCCCAAGACAGCCACCGUUACUGAGACGCAGGUGAGUAGAGCCCCCCAGUGGCACUGCAUGUCAUAGCAGUUUUAAAUGUUGUACAUAGUUUGUUUUCAUGUUUUGUUUGCACUUGACAUACCGUAACUACAGUCACUGUAAUGUCACUGUUAAAUGUAAACACAAUGGUAACUCUUUUUUUUUAAUCACCUGUGUGUAAUGCAUUAUGAAUGCUAUUAUGGUUAUGUACUUUAUGUAUUUACAGUCGUGGUCAAAAGUUUUGGUCUCCACAAACUUUGCUGCCUCAGUGUUGAUGAUGGCAAUUUGCAUAUACUCCAGAAUGUCAUGAAGAGUGAUCAGAUGAAUUGCAAUUAAUUGCAAAGUCCCUCUUUGCCAUGAAAAUGAACUUAAUACCCAAAAAACAUUUCCACUGCAUUUCAGCCCUGCCACAAAGGACCAGCUGCCAUCAUGUCAGUGAUUGUCUCGUUAACACAGGUGAGAGUGUUGACGAGGACAAGGCUGGAGAUCACUCUGUCAUGCUGAUUGAGUCAGAAUAACAGACUGGAAGCUUUAAAAGGAGGGUGGUGCUUGAAAUCAUUGUUCUUCCUCUGUCAACCAUGGUUACCUGCAAGGAAACACGUGCCGUCAUCAUUGCUUUGCACAAAAAGGGCUUCAUAGUUAAGGAUAUUGCUGCUAGUAAGAUUGCACCUAAAUCAACCAUUUAUCGGAUCAUCAAGAACUUCAAGGAGAGAGGUUCAAUUGUUGUGAAGAAGGCGUCAGGGCGCCCAAGAAAGUCCAGCAAGCGCCAGCGUCUCCUAAUGUUGAUUCAGCUGCAGGAUUGGGGCACCUCCAGUGCAGAGCUUGCUCAGGAAUGGCAGCAGGCAGGUGUGAGUGCAUCUGCACGCACAGUGAGGUGAAGACUUUUGGAGGAUGGCCUGGUGUCAAGAAGGGCAGCAAAGAAGCCACUUAUCUCCAGGAAAAACAUCAGGGACAGACUGUUAUUCUGCAAAAGGUACAGGGAUUGGACUGCUGAGGACUGGGGUAGUCAUUUUCUCUGAUGAAUCCCCUUUCCGAUUGUUUGGGCCAUCCGGAAAACAUAUUGUCCGGAGAAGACAAGGUGAGCGAUCCAAUCAUUCCUGUGUCAUGCCAACAGUAAAGCAUCCUGAGACCAUUCAUGUGUGGGGUUGCUUCUCAGCCAAGGGAGUGGGCUCACUCACAAUGUUGCCUAAGAACACAGCCAUGAAUAAAGAAUGGUACCAACACAUCCUCCGAGAGCAACUUCUCCCAAGCAUCCAAGAACAGUUUGGUGACGACCAAUGCCUUUUCCAGCAUGAUGGAGCACCUUGCCAUAAAGCAAAAGUGAUAACUAAGUGGCUCUGGGAACAAAAUAUCGACAUUUUGCGUCCAUGGCCAGGAAACUCCCCAGACCUUAAUCCCAUUGAGAACUUGUGGUCGAUCCUCAAGAGGCGGGUGGACAAACAAAAACCCACAACUUCUGACAAACUCCAAGCAUUGAUUAUGCAAGAAUGGGCUGCCAUCAGUCAGGAUGUGGCCCAGAAGUGAAUUGAAAGCAUGCCAGGGCGGAUUGCAGAGGUCUUGAAAAAGAAGGGUCAACACUGCAAAUAUUGACUCUUUGCAUAAACUGAAUGUCAUUGUCAAUGAAAGCCUUUGACACUUAUGGAAUACUUGUAUUUAUACUUCAGUGUACCAUAGUAACUACUGACAUAAAGAUCUAAGAACACUGAAGCAGCAAACUUUGUGGAGACCAAUACUUGUGUCAUUCUCAAAACCUUUGACAUAGGCAGCAUUAGGGAGCCAUGGGUUGUUAUUUACAUUUACGUCAUUUAGCAGACGCUCUUAUCCAGAGCGACUUACAAAUAGGUGCAUUCACCUUAUAGCCAGUGGGAUAACCACUUGACACUUUUUUUUUUUUUUUUUUUUUUUUUUUUUUGGGGGGGGGGGGUUGGAGUAAAGGGGGGGGGGGGGGGGGGGUAGAAGCAUUACUUUAUCCUAUCCCAGGUAUUCCUUAAAGAGGUGGGGUUUCAAAUGUCUCCGGAAGGUGGUGAGUGUCUCCGCUGUCCUGGCGUCGUGAGGGAGCUUGUUCCACCAUUGGGGUGCCAGAGCAGCGAACAGUUUUGACUGGGCUGAGCGGGAACUAUGCUUCCGCAGAGGUAGGGAAGCCAGCAGGCCAGAGGUGGAUGAACGCAGUGCCCUCGUUUGGGUGUAGGGACUGAUCAGAGCCUGAAGGUAUGGAGGUCCCGUUCCCCUCACAGCUCCGUAGGCAAGCACCAUGGUCUUGUAGCAGAUGCGAGCUUCAACUGGAAGCCAGUGGAGUGUGCGGAGGAGCGGGGUGACGUGAGAGAACUUGGGAAGGUUGAACACCAGACGGGCUGUGGCAUUCUGGAUGAGUUGUAGGGGUUUAAUGGCACAGGCAGGGAGCCCAGCCAACAGCGAGUUGCAGUAAUCCAGACGGGAGAUGACAAGUGCCUGGAUUAGGACCUGUGCCGCUUCCUGUGUAAGGCAGGGUCGUACUCUCCGAAUGUUGUAGAGCAUGAACCUACAGAAUCGGGUCACCGCCUUGAUGUUAGCGGAGAACGACAGGGUGUUGUCCAGGGUCACGCCAUGGCUCUUCGCACUCUGGGAGGAGGACACAACGGAGUUGUCAACCGUGAUGGCGAGAUCAUGGAACGGGCAGUCCUUCCCCGGGAGGAAGAGCAGCUCCGUCUUGCCGAGGUUCAGCUUGAGGUGGUGAUCCGUCAUCCAUACUGAUAUGUCUGCCAGACAUGCAGAGAUGCGAUUCGCCACCUGGUUAUCAGAAGGGGGAAAGGAGAAGAUUAGUUGUGUGUCGUCAGCGUAGCAAUGAUAGGAGAGGCCAUGUGAGGAUAUGACAGAGCCAAGUGACUUGGUGUAUAGCGAGAAUAGGAGAGGGCCUAGAACUGAGCCCUGGGGGACACCAGUGGUGAGAGCACGUGGUGCGGAGACAGCUUCUCGCCACGCCACUUGGUAGGAGCGACCGGUCAGGUAGGACGCAAUCCAAGAGUGAGCCGCGCCGGAGAUGCCCAGCUCAGAGAGGGUGGAGAGGAGGAUCUGAUGGUUCACAGUAUCAAAGGCAGCAGACAGGUCUAGAAGGACAAGAGCAGAGGAGAGAGAGUUAGCUUUAGCAGUGCGGAGAGCCUCUGUGACACAGAGAAGAGCAGUCUCAGUUGAAUGACCAGUCUUGAAACCUGACUGGUUUGGAUCAAGAAGGUCAUUCUGAGAGAGAUAGCAAGAGAAUUGGCUAAAGACGGCACGCUCAAUAGUUUUGGAGAGAAAAGAAAGAAGGGAUACUGGUCUGUAGUUGUUGACAUCAGAGGGAUCGAGUGUUGGUUUUUUGAGAAGGGGUGCAACUCUCGCUCUCUUGAAGACGGAAGGGACAUAGCCAGCGGUCAAGGAUGAGUUGAUCAGCGAGGUGAGGUAAGGGAGAAGGUCACCGGAGAUGGUCUGGAGAAGAGUGGAGGGGAUAGGGUCAAGCAGGCAGGUUGUUGGGCGGCCUGCCGUCACAAGUCGCAAGAUUUUAUCUGGAGAGAGAGGGGAGAAAGAAGUCAAAGCAUAGGGUAGGGCAGUGUGAGCAGGACCAGCAGUGUCAUUUGACUUAACAAACGAGGAUCGGAUGUCGUCAACCUUCUUUUCAAAAUGGUUGACGAAGUCAUCCACAGAGAGGGAGGGGGGGGGGGGGGGGGGGGGGGGAUUCAGCAGGGAGGAGAAUGUGGCAAAGAGCUUCCUAGGGUUAGAGGCGGAUGCUUGGAAUUUAGAGUGGUAGAAAGUGGCCUUAGCAGCAGAAACAAAUGAAGAAAAUGUAGAGGAGGGAGUGAAAAGAUGCCAGGUCUGCAGGGAGUCUAGUUUUCUUCCAUUUCCGCUCAGCUGCCCGGAGCUCUGUUCUGUGAGCUCGCAAUGAGUCAUCAAGCCACGGAGCUGGAGGGGAGGACCGAGCCGGCCGGGAGGAUAGGGGACAUAGAGAGUCAAAGGAUGCAGAAAGGGAGGAGAGGAGGGUUGAGGAGGCAGAAUCAGGAGAUUGGAGGGAGAAGGAUUGAGCAGAGGGAAGAGAUGAUAGGAUGGAAGAGGAGAGAGUAGCGGGAGAGAGAGAGCGAAGGUUGCGACGGCGCAUUACCAUCUGUGUAGGGGCAGAGUGAGUAGUGUUGGAGGAGAGGGAGAGAGAAAAGGAUACAAAGUAGUGGUCGGAGACUUGGAGGGGAGUUGCAGUGAGAUUAGUAGAAGAACAGCAUCUAGUAAAGAUGAGGUCAAGCGUGUUGCCUGCCUUGUGAGUAGGGGGGGACGGUGAGAGGGUGAGGUCAAAAGAGGAGAGGAGUGGAAAGAAGGAGGCAGAGAGAAAUGAGUCAAAUGUAGACGUAGGGAGGUUGAAAUCCCCCAGAACUGUGAGGGGUGAGCCAUCCUCAGGAAAGGAACUUAUCAAGGCGUCAAGCUCAUUGAUGAACUCUCCAAGGGAACCUGGAGGGCGAUAGAUGACAAGGAUAUUAAGCUUAAAUGGGCAAGUGACUGUGACAGCAUGGAAUUCAAAUGAGGAGAUAGACAGAUGGGUCAGGGGAAAAAUUGAGAAUGUCCACUUGGGAGAGAUGAGGAUUUCUGUGCCACCACUCCGCUGACCAGAUGCUCUCGGGGUAUGCGAGAACACAUGGUCAGACGAGGAGAGAGCAGCAGGAGUAGCAGUGUUUUCAGUGGUAAUCCAUGUUUCCGUCAGUGCCAAGAAGUCGAGGGACUGGAGGGUAGCAUAGGCUGGGAUGAAGUCUGCCUUGUUGGCAGCAGAACGGCAGUUCCAGAGGCUGCCUGAGACCUGGAACUCCACGUGGGUCGUGCGUGCAGGGACCACCAGGUUAGAGAGGCAGCAGCCACGCGGUGUGAGGCGUUUGUGUAGCGCUUAUAGCAAGUCUUAUUAUGCAUUAUGGGUUUAUCACUUAUAGAAGGCACUAAAACGUUUAGAAAAAGCACCACAUUAAUUUUGAGAUGACAAAUAGCUGAAAGUCAUUUGCAGCCAUCCAAUAGCCAGAAUAGGCCUUUUUUGUCUGUUAACACAACUGUGUCAAAUUUGUGUGGUCUAGACGCUGUACAAGGCCAGCCAGGAAAGCGAGUGCUACAUCAUAGAUGCCGAGGUGAUAGCACACGACGUCCCCUACCAUGACUACUUCUACACCCUGAACCGCUAUGUGCUCACCAGGGUGGCCAAGAAUAAGUGUCGGCUCAGGUGAGAUAGAUAUCCUGUUUUCCAUCUAUACUUCCUGUGAGUGGAGAUGGGGUGCCUCUGUCGCCUAGCUGUUCAAAUUCCAACCAGGCACACGUUUUCUCGCUACUGAACACAAUCUUGAUAAUGCAGUACUUGACUCCUUGGGUGAAAUGUAUUCUACCCUUCAGGAAAAUAAGUUACAUUUAAGGUUGAUGCAUACAGUGGGCCAAGGAGGUGUAAUUGGAGUUUAUUUAUGUGUGUCAAAUCAAAUCAAAUUAAAUGUACGUGCCUCUGUGUGUGUGCAUAUGCAUGUGCCUGUGUGUCUAUGUGUGUUGGUGUGUAUGUGCAUGUGUUUGUGACCUGCAGGGUAUCCACAGAGCUGCGCUACAGGAAACAGCCGUGGGGGCUGGUCAAGGGCUUCAUCGAGAGGAACUUCUGGAGCGGCCUGGACGAGUACUUCAGACACUUAGGUCAGUUGUAUCUAGAAUAUGACUACAACUCCUAAUGGUACAGUAUGUAGCCUGGGAGUAUUCUUGGAGCCUAUAUUUGUUAGCCUGAUCCACCAUCCUUCCCUUUGUGCUCCUGUUUAGUUUCACUUCACUUCAUCAAGAUCUGUGAAGCGAAACAGAAUGUAAGCUCAAGAGAUCAGGAUGGUUGUACGAGGCUAAGGAUUGGUAUCUCUGAAUUAGUCACUCACUUGAGAAACUGGAAUAAGUACUGUUUAGAUACUGCUUCUCCAAGAUAAAUUAUUGAAGUAAAUAUUUAUUUAACUCAAAGAAUGUGAGCACUGCUUAAGCCUACUGCUUUAACCUCUAGCUUGCAUGCCAGUCUGUUUCAUCUUAAGCUAACCCUUUAAUAGUUGCCUUGCCUAACAACCCAAGGCAACAACUCACAACAAAUGAGGUGUAUAUAGCAGAAACAUACUGGCAUCCUGGCUAUUAAAUCUCUGCAUGAUUUAGGUAGUGCCCUAUGUAGGGAUAGGGUGCCAUUUGAGACACAGCCACUGUGUAAUACAGCUUCCUUUAACUCUUUCCAGAGCUGGAGCUGAGUAAGGUGGAGGUGGUCCUGGCCGAGCCCCACAGACAGUCCCCCAAGGCCAGGUCUCUACGGGCAGGGGCAUUGAGGCGACGGAAACGGCCCCUGGUCCACCUGCGGCCCCCACACAUGGACGAAGCCCUCAGCCCCGUCACCACGCCCGAGGACGAGGAGGAGGUCACCCACCACCACCGCAACAAACACGUGGCAGGUCAGAGGGGCACAGGGGGACUGACUGACCGUUGAUGGCUGUGUUUGACUCAGAGUAUGAUGUAUAUUUUAGGACACCCUCAAGCCUUAAGCCGCUGGGAUCAAUUGCCAAUAUGGUUUCAAUCAGACCUGGGUUCAAAUAGUAUUCAAAUUCUUUAGCUGCUUUUGAUUGAGUUUUCCUGGCUCAAUGGAACAACUAUCAGAAAAAUUCCCAGAAUGUUUGUGUAACACGGUGCUGUAGCUUUUCCUAGUGAUAGUUCAUCACACAAACCUGUACCGCGGUACAGGGUUCUAAAAAACAAACGUUUUAUUACCUGCAACUGUAAUGUUUGAUUAGGACAGGAAUAGAAUAUUAGGUAAUGGAUGGCUUUUUUGUAUUGAUCCAAAAUGGCCGCCUAUCUUCCAGCAGGUUCCACUCAGACCAGAUACAUCCCGGACAAUGUCCCAGGGGGGCUAGCGCUCUACAGUGUCUCCAAGCUACUCCUCAUCAUCAGCUUUGUGUGAGUGUCAUUCCACCGCCACCCUGGGGGCUGUCACCACUGCUGGUUGUUUAAAAUUCUCAUUCACCAUGCUGUUACUGGGAGGUGAAUCCAUAUAAAUAUAUUACUAGAACGGACAAAGCCCCUAAGGUGGCCGUUCUAGUCAUUUUAAUUCUAUGGGUGGAGAAGUCUGACUCUCACCCUCAUAUAGAUCCAUUGAAGUAGCCAUAGAUAUCUCUGGUCUCUACAUGUUUUGUGUGUCAUUUAUGUGUCAAAGUUGCCUGUUGUGACUCAUUUGAUUAAAUCUGGCCACUUCAACACAUCUUGUUCCUUGUGUACCAAUACACUUGGAAAGUGGAGUAUGCUAAAAAAGUAAACAUUACUGGAGACACCUUGCAGUUUUGAAGACAUCGUCGCAUUUGCUUGCAAAGAGUGGUGUGGUUGCCUAUUAACUGUAACUGCUUCUAAACUCUUUUGCUAGCUACCAUAACACUGUUUGAAAAAACCUGUCUCCAAAACUGACUGAGGUGUCUCCAGUUUGAAAAUUGUAACAUUGUGAACAUUGUUUCCACUUUCUAUGCGUAUUCAAACCAACCAUUCAUUGAUAAUCUGAUAUAUUUUUCAUUUUCCCCUCUCCUACUACUCUAAAGUAGAAUGUAUGAGUAGGGUUGCAAAAUUCCGUGAGCUUUCAAUAAAUUCCCUGGUUUUCCAGAAAUCCUGGUUGGAAAAUUCCGGGUUUCCUGCUUAUUCCCUCCUGAUUCCCGGGAAUCCUCCAACCGGGAAUUUGGGAAAACCAGGGAAUUAUUUGAAUGUUCCCGGAAUUUUGCAACCCUAUGUAUGAGAGGGGACAUAUAAAACACUGUCUUCUUUCUCUCUUGUCUGGUGGUGUGUGUAAUUGUCCUCUCUCUCUCUCUCUCUCUCUCUCUCUCGCUCUCUCUCUCUCUCUCUCUCUCUUUCUUUCCCUGUCUCCAUUCAUGCAUUCUAGGAUCUGUAUAAGGUAUUCAACUUUUUUUCAUAACACCACAUUGAUUUUGAUGAUUAGAUUUGUGUUUGAUGGACUUGGUUCACCUCAUACAUACACUGGACUAGAGUAUUAACCUCCUUCCUUUGCAGUAGUUGUAGGCAUUCAAAUUCCAGAGGAAUCCUGCUAUCUCUAGUCUAACAUAGACUUAUGUCAGUAGUCUUACGCAGUUUCUGUCUCUGGUCUCUCUCUCUCUCUCUCUCUCUCUCUCUCUCUCUCUCUCUCUCUCUCUCUCUCUCUCUCUCUCUCUCUCUCUAGCCUAGUAUUGCUGGUGUUUCUGAACAUGAUACUGUUUUAUAAGCUGUGGAUGCUGGAGUACACCACACAGAGCCUGACCUCGUGGCAUGGCCUACGACAACAAGAAAGGUACUUCACACAAAUACAAUACAACCCAAUUCAAUACCAGCACUGUGGAAUUACUUUGGAAUUGUAAGGUAGUCAAUUGUAGUAUAGAACGGUUCUUAAUUUGUCACUCCACAAUUUACAGCAAUUGACAAGACAUAUUGCAGAUUCAAAACAACAUUGCGGACCACUCUGAGUGUGUUUUUAGACACUAUAAAUAACCAUAGACAGUCAUAAUACAUAUUAUAAACUGGGUAGUUUGGGUGCUGAUUGGCUGAAACAGCAUUCCAGCCGUGUGUAUAUCAUACAAAAUACAGUACCACGGGUAUGACUACUACUUGUUUACAGUUAUAUUUAUGUUGGUAACUUAUAAUAGCAAUAAUGCACUUCAGCGUUUUGUGGUAUAUGGCCAAUGUACCACUACUAUGGGCUGUAUCCAGGCACUCCGCUUCGCUCCUCGGACCUUAUUGAUUACAUAUCAUACAGAUCAGCCAUAAUACAUUACAUCCUCUAGAUGGCGAUAUUUGACUGUGUGUGUGUAUGUGUGUGUUUGUGUUUCUUUCUUUCUCUCACAGUAAACUUCCACAGACGCAGCUGGAGUGGGCCCAGCUUCUGGAGUCGCAGCAGCGGUACCAUGACGACGAGCUGCAGAAGUGGAAGGAGAUCAUCAAGUCAUCGGUGAUGUUGCUGGACGAGGUGAGACAGCCAAUCAGAACUUAGAAUACUGAUUCAUAACUGACUAAUUUGGUCAGAGAAAGAAUGUUCAUUCACAAACUUUAAAGAACAUUCAAGAAUGUGUGUGUGUCAUAGAUGGUUGUUCAAACACACAUGCAGUACUGUAUUUAAUGUGCUCCAUCAAUAUUUGAUUUGACCCUGACGUGAAUUUAGGACUGAAUCAACUUGUUCCGCAUGCUAAAAAACUUUUAACAAAUUGCACUUCCUAUUGACUUCAAUGCAUGAUCUGCAAAAAGUGUGUCAAGUCGAGCUUGAGAAAUGGACGUUUCCUUUGUUUCCUUUUCCUUUUCCUUGAAAUGUUUCCUUUCCUAGAUGAAGGACUCAUUACUAAACCUGCAGAAGGGCAUGGGCUUAAGGGAAUAUAACUCUGAAUCGGAGGAGAAGAGAAGUCGAUAUCACUGACAAUCAGACAAUCCUUAGCCACCAGCCAGGACAUUAUGUGCAAUAUCUAACGAACCAUUCAUGGGAAAAGUCUUGGGAAAAGUCUUAGGAAAACAAGAUAAAUAUGUUCACUUGCAAGGCGGCACGGGGGGACGACGACAGGUCUCCCAGUCCGACUGACUGCACUCCCACCGCCCAACGUCUGGCAGAAAGUGACCUCAUCACAACCUCGUUCUCUGAGAAAGUUGUACUGUAAAGUGUUUUGUUUUGUUAGUUUUUAUUUUUUCGUACGGACAAAGCAAAGAUAGAAGGGAUGGAUCGGGGGAAGCAUGCAUUUUUUGUUUCCGUCUGAAAAAAAUAAGACGUUUUCGGUGGAGAUGUGUAUGGAAACCUCGGCAUACUUUGUCUCAGAAGAGCAAAAAAAAAUACUGGAUCAGGGGUUCCUUGUGUUCCUCCGUAGCCUUUUUAGGAACUCUUGGACAAAGUUUUGGAGCUGCAGUAUCCCUUUUUUUACAGACCUUUGGACUCUGGGACCAGGUUACGAUCAUAACGGAACCACAAUCAACGUGCAGUGUUUCAACACAACCCAUCAUUUCUAGGAUAGAACUACCAGGAAU